AUGAACGUAAAUCCACAUCUCCAAUACUUGCAGCAACAGGCGCUGCAGCAGCAGAUCAAUUCUAGUGGCCAGUCUCCACAGAUUUCUCAGUUGCAGCUCCAACAGCAUCAAUUACAAAGACAGCAGCUUUUGAACCACCACCUCCAACAACAGCAACAACAGCAACAGCAACAAUUGGGAUCUUUAGGUGGCCAAUCGACUAACCCGCUUUUGGCUGCAUUGAAUGGCGGAGCAGCAUCUGGCCAGAACAACGCAUCGAGUGGCGCCAUCGCAUCAUCAAAUCAACCAGUGAAUCCAGUUUUACAAUUACAAAUGCAACAACAACAGCUGCAACAACAACAGCAACAGUCGCUGCAACAGCAGCAGCAGCAACCCCUGCAACCCCUGCAACAGCAACCACAGCAGCAGCAGACUCAAGUUCCUAUAAUUAAAGAAGUGUGGGCUCAAAACUUGGAACACGAAUUCCAUACCUUACGUACUUUCAUUAAUGACAAAACUUCCAAAAUCUUUAUUGCAAUUCAUCAAGAGAUUCCGGGGAUUGUUGCAAGACCAGUGGGAACUUUCAAAUCAUCGUCUGACUAUCAUUUUCAAACACUUAGGGCUAAUUCGGACUUGUUAAACUUGAUUCAACUUUCUUUCUGUGUUACUAAGAUUAAAAAUAAUGAAAUAAGCAGCAGCAUCGUGUGGCAAUUCAAUUUUUUGUAUGAUUUGACUACAGAAAUGUACAAUGAGGAACACUUGAACAUGUUGGCUCAAACUUCACAAAUCAAUUUCCAAAUGCAUAUGACUCAAGGUAUACCACAUUUCUCCUUCGCUGAACUUAUCAUUGAAAGUGGUUUACUUUUGGACAAUUCAAUUAAUUGGAUUAGUUAUCAUGCUGGUUAUGAUUUGGGAUUCUUUAUAAGCUUACUAGCAAAUGAUAGCCUUCCAGUUGAUGAGAAGGACUUUUUCUGGUACUGCUCUAAAUUUUUCCCAAACUUCUUUGAUUUGAAAUACAUAGGAAACAAGUUGCUCAACAAAGCAAGUGCUGACUCAUCAGAUUCAAAUAACUCGAGCAAUAAGCCAUCUAUAGAAUACUUGGCUGAAGAAUUGCAUUUGUUGCCAAUUUCUCCAGCAAUCCGUCAGCACUUCACAUCCCAGUUCCAGCAUCAACAACAAAUGACGUCUACUUUGCAUGCUUAUUUAUCCAUGGAAUGUUUCAAAGAACUCUUGAGACAAUCUUCCUUUGAUUUUUCGUUAUUAACUAGAUUCAGGGGUUUCAUCUGGGGUUUAGGAAACUUGAGUGGUGAGGGAAACUCGCUUGGCAGUAGUGCCUCUGAGGCACAAAGUGGCGGGGUUCCUGCUCCUUCAACUCCUGGUGGAAAUUCCAAAGGUGCUGUGAUUUUUGGAAGACCAUUAUAG